AGCAGAGAGCAGAGAGCAGAGAGAGAGAGAGAGAGAGAGAGAGAGAGAGAGAGAGAGAGAGAGAGCUUCCUCUCCAUUUCUGCAGAGCUGAGCGAUCGAAAGAGUUCUCCCUCCAUCUGUCAAAAGCUUUGAUCAAAUCGCGAUGUCUGCAGCUAAGGCGAGCUCGAAGAAGCGAGUUGACUUGGAGGCCGCUGAACUCAUCACCAAGUCGGACAAGAGGAAGAGCCUUGGCGACGACGACCUGGACCUCGAUCUCUCUAAUGAUAUAAAAGGGAUCAUGUCAGCUUUGCAACAGAUCCGGGAGAAGGCUCAGAAGGACGGUCAGAAGAAGAACGAGGAGACGAUUUCGAGUGUGGCCUCUGAGAUUAGAUCGACAUUCAACGAGUUGAAGUCGAAACUCGAAAAGGAUAGACUAGUUUUCAUGAAGACGCUUUCAAAGAGCUCGAAGGAGUGUGAAAGUUCCUUGAAGAAUGAGACUGCAAAGUUCCAAGCACUUUACGAGAAAUUCUUCAAAGACAAAGUAGCACAUCUGGAGGCCUUAAAUGAUACUAUAUCCAAGUUUGAAGAAACGAAAGAAAAGCUUUUCAUGCGAUAUGAGCAAAUGAGGAAAAGAGAGAAGACUAUGAUAGCUGAGCACGAAAGAGCUUGUGCGGACAAAAUCGCUAAACUGGAGGAGUCUUUGAAGAAGAAGCAGGAUAACAAGACUUUUAGCAUUUUGAGGAAGACACUCGGUUCGUUUCUUGAAAAUGCUUCAGAUGAGGACUUCCCACCUGAUGAUUGAGUAUCAUUCUAGAUGUCAACGCUCUAGAAGAUGAGCAGUUAAGACUCUCAUUCUCUUCUUAUCAUGAAACGGGUACAAAACAUAUCCUUAUCAGAUCAUAGUAUUGCUACAUAAUAGGCACUGUCUGGCGUUUGCCUCUUCAUACUGGACAAGUAUCUUUACAUUUACAUUAUAGAAGAAACGCUGCUUCCAAUUUCGGAACAGUUUAUGUACAAGAGCUGAAAUUUUAGGAUGAUAGAUAGUAGAAAUGGUUGAAUUGUGAUUCAACCUGAUAUGAAGUCCAACUAGACUGACAUAUUUCCAUGAGUUUACGAAACCCUCUGCAUUUAAGAAUCUAAAGCGGAUUAUCCAAAGUUAUUGUCUCG